CGCCGCUCAGUCCCAGCUGCGGCAGGAGCGGAGCAGAGCCGGGACGUGGCCGGGGCUCAUGGCCUGGCCGAAGCAACGCUACGUGAGAAUUCCUUCUGUGAGCUGGCAGUCCCAGUACAGCACGGGGCCUGACCCCGGCCCUACGGCCCGCUCCCAUCUGCUCACUUCCCUGAGAGCUGCCCAGAACAGUGCAGUGACUGAGACCAGGCCUGCCUCCCUGCAUUUGGCGUGAAGGGAGACAAGCAUGUCUGAAGAGAACCUCCUGAGCAUGGAUGAGGGAGCCCUCCGGAAACUGCUGGAGGCCACGCUGGACCUCGCUGAGCGGCGCCAGAUCCGCUCGGCCAUCCGGGAGCUGCGGCGCCAGGAGCUGGAGCGGGACGAGGAGGCUCUGGCAUCCAAGCGCUUCCGCUCGGAGCGCGGCAGCCGCCGGCAGGAGAACAAGGAGAACUGGCUGCGGUCUCAGCGGCUGGAGGAAGAGCAGCAGAAAUCCCUGGUGCUGCUCUCCGGGAAGCUCGACUCCAUCACGGACGUGGAGGAGCUGACGGCUCUGCUGCGAGGAGCCGGCGAGUACGAGGAGCGCAAGCUGAUCCGGGCCGCCAUCCGCAAGCUGCGGGCCAACGAGAUUGAGGCUGCAGCCUCGGCAGGGAGAGCCCACAACAGCCGGAAAGGGGAAAAUGAGCCACUGGCCUCCAAGGGGAAGGAGAGCUCGGAUGGGGGCAGCUCUGUGGUAGAGGACCUGGAGGAGCGGGAGCGCAUCCGGGCUCAGAUCCGGGAGCUACGCAGUGAGCAGAGGGGAGAGCCCCACAAACCGGAUGCCCAGGACCCGGCCUCGGGGACCCUGCUGCUCCUGGACCCGCUGCAUCCCCCGCGCUGCUCCUCGUCCUCGGAGCUGGAGCCGCAGCAGAGAGCCGAGCCCCCGGAGCGCAGCUCCCAGAGCCCUGAGCCCGGCCCAGGGGCAGAGCAGCCCUGCACACAGGAGGGGGACGGCCAGGGGCUCGGCCAGCCAGAGGCAGGGGGCAGUGGGGAGCCCAGCCAGGGCGGGCCAGAGCAGCAAGAGCCACCUGCGACCACGGGCGACAGCUGCCCAGCGGAGGAGACUCGCCGGAGGCUGCCCAGCGACGGGAGCCAGAGCAGCCAGGUCAGCGUCUGUGUCAAAAGCCAAGUGCCCGAGAAGCCGGCCAGCUCUGCCAACAAGACGACGCGAGCUGAGCCCGCGCGGGAGCAGCCCUUCCAGAGAGCCAACUCGGUGCGGGAGCGCGUCCGCAAGUUCACCUCGGACUCCCUGGCCCAGCCUGGUCCCAGGUCCUGCAGCCAGAAGUGGGAGAGCCCUGGCAAAGGCUCCUGGGUCCUGCAGCAGCAGCUCCUGCGUCCCCAGGGUGCCUGGGGUUCCCAGGCGGGCAGUGCCCAGCGCACAGCAGACUUACCCAGCGGUCCCCGGUGCGGACUCAGCCCGGCGCCACCGGGCCAUGCUGCCCUCCGGGGAGCCAAGGAGGGCUCGGGGGGCCCCCCAGCCAGCAGCCGUGCCGAGCACCACACCUCCUCCUCGGAGGCACAGGCUGCGAUGGCCGGGGGCCCAGCCUGCCCUAAAGAGGAGGGCAGCCCUGUGGGGAGGAGCCAGGCUGGCCAAUCGCAGGGCGGCCGGCUGACGUCCCCCCAGAGGCCCAUUGAAAAUGCCGAGGGAAGCUCGUCCGGCACAGAGGAGCCUGGCGCCCAGCACGCUGCCUCUCUGCCCAGCUGCCCGGCCCAGCCCCAGCCUCCUGCCUGCGGCACCAAGGCCAGCGCCAGGGACGAGGACACCAUGAAAACGCUCUUCACCAUCGAGAUCAAGGAUGGCAGGGCCCAGCCCGUCAGCAGCCGCAUCGUGGGCGCGCCGGGCAGCCAGCGGGCAGAGCUGACCCUGGGGCUGCGGAGCUCGCCCAUCCGGAGCAGCAGCAGCAGCACCGCUAGCGGCACCGGCAGGGUCAGCACAGCCAGCAAGAUGGAGGCAGAGCUGGUGGAGCAGCCCCAGGUGCCGGUUCCAGAGCCGGAGCUGCCCAAUGGGAUGGAGAAGGCCCAGGCGAGGGAGCCGGAGAAGAGGAGCAAGCUGAGCGCUGAGGAGCUGAGCAGGAUCGAGGAGGAGGACGUGCUGGAUAAGAUGCUGGACCAGACGUCGGACUUUGAGGAGCGCCGGCUGAUCCGCUCUGCCAUGCGGGAGCUGCGCCAGAGGAAGAGAGAGCAGCGAGACAAGGAGCGGGGCCAGCGGCUGCAGGAGGUGAAGAGCCAGGCCGCAGCGGGGAAGACAGGCCAUGCCACCGAGACCACCACCCGGCAGAGCGCCCAGUCGGCUGAUGGCUCGGCCCGCCACACGCUCACCAAAACCGAGCACCUCGUCCAGUCUAAUGACGGCACCAAAACCUCCCGGAUGACGACAGUGGAGUCGAGCUACACAAAGAGAUCGGAGAAUGGCAGCACGUUUGUCCAGACCAAAUCCUCCUACAGCUCCUCGUCCAAGAAGGUGGGCAGCAUCUUUGACCGCGAGGACGAGAGCAGCUCGCGCCAGGGCAGUCUGGCCGCUCUGGAGCGGCGCCAGGCCGAGAAGAAGAAGGAGCUGCUGAAGGCUCAGAUUCUGCCCAAGACGUCGGCCACGCAGGCGCGGAAGGCCAUGAUUGAGAAGCUGGAGAAGGAGAGCGGGAGCCCUUCGAGCCCGGCCAUGUCGCGGGUGGCCGUGCAGCGCUCCUCCAGCUUCGGCGUCCCCAACGCCAACAGCAUCAAGCAGAUGUUGCUGGACUGGUGCAGAGCGAAGACCCGGGGCUACGAGCACGUGGACAUCCAGAACUUCUCCUCCAGCUGGAGCGACGGCAUGGCCUUCUGCGCCCUCGUCCACAACUUCUUCCCCGAGGCCUUCGACUACACACAGCUGACGCCCCAGAACCGCCGCCGCAACUUUGAGGUGGCCUUCUCCUCGGCAGAGAAGCACGCAGACUGUCCGCAGUUGCUCGACGUGGAGGACAUGGUCCGGAUGCGCGAGCCGGAUUGGAAGUGUGUGUACACAUACAUUCAGGAGUUCUAUCGCUGCCUGGUCCAGAAGGGGCUGGUAAAAACCAAAAAGUCGUAGCCUAUUUACACCCCCGGGAGUGAUGGAUGCUGGUUGACUGCAUGCCCCUGGUGGAGGUGGAAGACAUGAUGAUCAUGGGGAAGAGGCCAGACUCCAAGUGCGUCUUCACCUACGUGCAGUCCCUCUACAACCACCUGCGGCGCCAUGAGUUACGCUUGCGGCAGAAAGAGUUCUAGAGCCCCCUCCCCGUCCUGCCCCCGCUGCCCUAGGCACGGCUGCAGCGUGAAUAGACCCCCGCUGCCACCCUGCAGGGACCCAGGUGUGCAGAGGGGGGCUGCCUGCCCCCAGCAGACCUGCCCAGCCACCAGGCUACCCUGAGGGGCCUGGGUGAGGCCGAGAGACUGGCCCUGCACUGUCUGUGCUCUGCCCCCUCUGUCCAUGCUACGAGCUCCCUCCAGCUGCUCCUCUGCCCCAUGGCAAGCUGAGCCCCCAUGGUCCCGGCCUGGUCCCCCUGGCAGCUUGGCUCUCACCCCCCUGCCCUGUGCUUUAUAUAGUAUUGUUUUAAGUUAUUCAUGUUAAAGGAAUUGUUUUUAUGCUGUGCAAUAACCCCCCCUGCCCCCAGGCUGGGAGAGCCCUGUGUAUGUCUCAGGCUGGCUGUGGGGCCAAGGUCCUGCCCUCUGGCUGUGGCCCUGGGCGCCGCCUGGUGCUGUAGACACCUGGCCCAGGGGCUUGUCACUGGAGUUAGGUGGGCAGGUGAGGGAGCAGCCUGGGUCUCUGGAUGCAGCACACGUGGGGGGUGGGGUUCUCUGCCCUCGCGGGGAGGUGCACUCCAGAAGGAUGCUGCUCACGUUCCUGCUUGCAGCCCUCUCCCUUGGCAACUUCCACACUCAGCACUGUGCCCACCCCUGGGGGCAGUUCCCCCAUUGGCACGCUGCUGCCUGCUGCUCACCCCCACCCCCAGGAGGCACCGCCAUUGCUGGGACCCACAGCCCCUUUGCCCUGGGGAGCUGGACUGGAACCUGGUGAGGGGGUGGGCUCCUGGGGCACAGGCCCUUUCCAGGAGGGCAGCCCCCCGGGGCUUGGCUUGGUGCCUCCCACUUGAUUCCCAGCCCUCCAACCUGACUCUGGGCCCUUUGCACUCAAGUGCCACUAGCCGAUUGUGUAACCAUUUCUACACCUGCAUAGACACUUGUAUCACCACCAGCCCGACAAUAAAGUUCUGUUAUACAGGGCCUGGCCUCUGCUCCUUGUGUGACAAACUGGGACUGUU